UUUUUUUUUUUUCAUUUAUGGCUGCCUUAGAGAGUCACCGUGGCGCCGCUUUGAAAAACAAAAUGUGUUUUCCGGAGAUUUUGCCUUCUUAAAGAAGCAACGCUCCUUCGGGCUGUGACCUUUCACCCGGCGGGGUGAGAGGUUGCCGACAAAAUGGCGGCGGCUGCCGCGGCAGGGCGCGUUGGCGGGAGGCGGCCGAGCUGCUGAGGGAGCCCCGCUCGGCCCUGCCCGGCAACCCCGGACGAGAGGGAGCCCAGGCCGGAGCUACGUCCGUAAGACCGAGCCGCGGGCGGCCCCGCGCCGCCUCUCCCCUGCCCCGGCCGGGUGUCCUGUCAGCGGGGCACUGCUGUGUCCGCCCGGCCGCUCCGCAGCCCCUCCGCGCUCAGUGCUCUCCAUUAAUCCGGUUGGUUCCCAUAGCUGCCGUGUGAGCUGCUGUCGUGCCCCAGCAGACGGAGGGGUUGCGAGUUACCUCGUAAAGGGUUAUGUAAAAAGACAGCGUUGUUGGCGUUGUAAUCAUGGUGCUGAGCCGAGCUGGAGAUGCCUGACUCGUCAGUCACGGACCCACUGUGGAGAUGAGGGAUCGCCUGCAGCGUGGCACGGGGAAAAGCCGCGGGAGCCACCGAGCGAGGAGGAUGCCGGUGUCCUUCUGACAGCCUGUGGUGUGUCGCAGUGCUGCUGGUCAGGAUGAACAGGAAGAAAGGAGACAAAGGAUUUGAGAGCCCAAGGCCGUACAAAUUGACUCACCAGGUAGUUUGUAUCAACAACAUAAAUUUUCAGAGAAAGUCUGUUGUAGGCUACGUGGAACUGACAAUAUUUCCCACAGUUGCAAACCUGAAUAGAAUCAAACUUAACAGUAAACAAUGCCGGAUUUACAGAGUAAGGGUCAAUGAUUUGGAAGCAGCUUUCAUCUACAAUGAUCCAACGCUGGAGGUCUGUCACCAUGAGUCAAAGCAGAGGAAUCUCAACUAUUUUUCCAAUGCCUAUGCUGCUGCAGUCAGUGCUGUGGACCCAGAUGCUGGAAAUGGUGAACUCUGCAUUAAGGUUCCCUCAGAGCUGUGGAAACAUGUUGAUGAGUUGAAAGUCCUAAAGGUGCACAUAAAUUUUUCUCUGGAUCAGCCAAAAGGAGGUCUUCAUUUUGUGGUACCCAACAUGGAGGGCAGCAUGGCAGAAAGAGGUGCUCAUGUCUUUUCAUGUGGUUAUCAAAAUUCUACAAGAUUUUGGUUUCCUUGCGUUGAUUCAUAUUCUGAGCUGUGUACCUGGAAACUUGAAUAUACUGUGGAUGCUGCAAUGGUGGCUGUUUCAAAUGGAGAUUUGGUGGAAACUGUAUAUACCCAUGACAUGAGAAAGAAGACAUUUCAUUAUAUGCUGGCAAUUCCAACUGCUGCUUCUAACAUCUCCCUAGCCAUAGGACCUUUUGAAAUUCUUGUUGAUCCAUACAUGCAUGAGGUGACUCACUUUUGCUUGCCACAACUACUUCCAUUGCUCAAACAUACCACGUCAUACCUUCAUGAGGUUUUUGAGUUUUAUGAGGAGAUUCUGACCUGCCGCUAUCCAUACUCCUGCUUCAAGACGGUUUUUAUUGAUGAAGCGUAUGUUGAAGUAGCUGCUUAUGCAUCCAUGAGUAUUUUCAGCACAAAUCUCUUGCACAGCGCAAUGAUUAUAGAUGAAACUCCACUGACUAGGAGGUGCUUGGCACAAGCCCUGGCCCAGCAGUUUUUUGGGUGUUUUAUAUCCAGAAUGUCCUGGUCAGAUGAAUGGGUGCUAAAGGGAAUCUCUGGUUACAUAUAUGGCCUUUGGAUGAAAAAAACUUUUGGUGUUAAUGAAUAUCGUCACUGGAUUAAACAGGAGUUAGAUCAAAUAGUGGCAUAUGAACUGAAGACCGGAGGAGUUCUGCUGCAUCCAAUAUUCGGAGGAGGAAAAGAGAAAGACAACCCUGCAUCACACUUACAUUUUUCUAUUAAACACCCUCAUACCUUGUCCUGGGAAUAUUACACUAUGUUCCAGUGUAAAGCACAUCUUGUCAUGAGACUGAUUGAGAAUAGGAUCAGCAUGGAAUUUAUGUUACAGGUUUUCAACAAGCUGUUGAGUCUGGCUAGCACUGCUUCAUCUCAGAAGUUCCAGUCACACAUGUGGAGUCAGAUGUUGGUUUCCACAUCUGGGUUUUUGAAAUCUAUCUCAAAUGUCUCUGGCAAGGACAUUCAACCUCUAAUAAAGCAGUGGGUAGAUCAGAGCGGAGUGGUCAAAUUUUAUGGUAGCUUUGCAUUUAAUAGAAAACGAAAUGUUUUGGAAUUGGAAAUAAAACAAGACUACACAUCUCCUGGGACUCAGAAAUACGUGGGCCCUCUUAAAGUGACAGUUCAGGAACUUGAUGGAUCAUUUAACCAUACAUUACAGAUUGAAGAAAACAGUCUUAAACACGAUAUACCUUGCCAUUCUAAAAGCAGAAGAAAUAAGAAGAAAAAGAUUCCACUGAUGAAUGGAGAGGAGGUGGACAUGGACCUUUCUGCUAUGGAUGCUGAUUCCCCUUUGCUCUGGAUAAGAAUAGACCCUGAUAUGUCGGUACUGAGGAAGGUAGAAUUUGAACAAUCUGAUUUCAUGUGGCAGUAUCAGCUUCGAUAUGAGAGAGAUGUGGUUGCACAAGAAGAAGCCAUUCUGGCAUUGGAAAAGUUCCCUACACCAGCAUCACGACUUGCACUGACUGAUAUACUAGAACAGGAACAGUGCUUCUACCGAGUGAGAAUGCUAGCCUGCUUCUGCCUUGCAAAGAUUGCAAAUUCCAUGGUAAGUACAUGGACAGGACCACCAGCCAUGAAGUCACUCUUUACCCGAAUGUUUUGCUGUAAGACUUGUCCAAACAUUGUGAAGACCAACAACUUUAUGAACUUUCAAAGCUACUUUCUGCAAAAGACUAUGCCAGUCGCCAUGGCCCUUUUGAGAGAUGUUCACAACCUCUGUCCUAAGGAGGUUUUAAUGUUUAUUUUGGAUUUGAUCAAGUAUAAUGAUAACAGGAAGAAUAAGUUUUCAGACAACUACUAUCGUGCUGAGCUGAUUGAUGCCCUAGCCAACUCUGUGACUCCUGCAGUCAGCGUGAACAAUGAAGUACGAACACUGGAUAACUUAAAUCCUGAUGUUCGACUUAUUCUUGAAGAAAUUACCCGUUUCCUAAAUAUGGAGAAGCUUCUUCCUAGCUAUAGACACACGAUUACAGUCAGCUGUUUAAAAGCUAUUAGAGUGCUUCAAAAGAAUGGUCAUGUCCCAAGUGAUCCUGCUCUCUUCAAGUCAUAUGCAGAAUAUGGGCACUUUGUAGAUGUCCGAAUAGCAGCAUUGGAGGCUGUGGUUGAUUACACAAAAGUUGAUAGGAGCUAUGAAGAACUACAAUGGCUGCUCACAAUGGUUCAGAAUGAUCCUGUACCCUACAUAAGGCAUAAGAUCUUGGAUAUGCUGACCAAGAACCCACCUUUUACCAAGAACAUGGAGUCACCUUUAUGUAAUGAAGCUUUGGUAGAUCAGCUUUGGAAACUGAUGAAUUCAGGAACUUCCCAUGACUGGAGAUUACGCUGUGGUGCUGUAGACCUCUAUUUCACACUUUUUGGCCUCAGCAGACCUUCGUGUUUACCACUACCAGAGCUCGGACUUGUUCUUAAUCUGAAAGAAAAGAAGGCUGUGCUUAAUCCAACGAUUAUCCCUGAAUCAGCAGCAAAUAAUCAGGAACCUGUGAACGCUGCUAACAAUCAUGGACAGCCAGUAGUAUUUCAGAACACCGAGGAUGAUCAUCUUAUUAAGGAAACAGCAUCCAGCAUUUCUGGUCAUCAGCAGGGGGUGAAGAGGAAGGCUGAUAUGCCACUCGGGUCUCCAUUGGAGCCAGGGCAAAUACUAGAGAAGAAUGAAGACAGUAAAGUCAAACUCAAAAUCAGAUUCUCAAACUCUCAAGAAGAGGAGGAAAUUGAUAUGGAUACGGUUCAUGACAGUCAAGCCUUUAUUUACCAUCAUUUGAAUAUGUUGGAGAGACCGUCAACACCAGGCAAAGAGCAGUCUUCAGGAGAGGUGACCAUGCACCCUGUCUCAGCAACUCCGCUCUCCGUGUUCAGUAAGGAGUCCAACUCUUCAAAACACAGUGACCACCAUCACCAUCACCACCAUGAGCACAAGAAAAAGAAGAAGAAACACAAGCAUAAACAUAAGCAUAAACAUAAACAUGAUAGUAAAGAAAAGGAAAAGGAUCCCUUUGCUUUCUCUAACAGUCCAGCCAGUGCACGAUCAAUCCGAUCCCCAUCACUUUCAGACUGAUACUAAUGGCUUCUCUGGAGUUCAACUUGCAAUAUUCUCUGAAUGCUUACAAGGAUGUAUAUAACUGUAGCUUCUGUCUUUUUUUUUUCUUUUUUUUUUAAUGAAAAUAGGAAUAUGUGCAUUGCCUCAGCAGUUCAGAAGCUCUGCCACCAUCAUCCGAAGCCUUCCAUUUGCAUAUGCAGUUGUUGAAAUAAUCUGAUUCAAAAAAAAUGAUUGAGUCAUUUUGUAUCUCACUCUUCCCUGCACCUCCCACUCUUUUUUCCAUUUUAAACAAAGAAAACAACCCUUUUUUGUAAGCACCCCAUGUCCACUGGCAACUCCCUGCACAUCAUGCUGUCCAUGUGUACUGCCAGAAUCAAUUAUGUUUUAAUCCUUUGAAGAAUGUUAUGAGGAAGAGUAUAUUUUAAACAGAAGCCAAUUGCCAGACCUUUGGUGAAUUGCUGUUUCCAGAGUAGUAGACCUCCUGAGAAGACAAAGUUUUUCUCUAGUCUCCAGUUGAAUUGUUUCUUGCUUUAACUAUUGUGAUGUAAUGCCCAAAUUUUAAGAACAGCAUAUAGAACAAUUUCCUUGUUCAGAUGCUAAAACUCUUGAAAAAAAGUUGAGCUGCUUUUGAGCUGCCGGUAUUUAUUAUGAACGUGAACAUUUGACAUUCUGCAAUUAUGUUUUUGUAAUUUUAGCAAAAUGCUUAAUGCAUGUUUUGUCCUGUAAUUAGGCUUUUAAUAAUCCAAUAAAGUUUUCAAAUCAUUUUGACAAAGGCAGAAUUUUCUUCAAGCUUGACAUUGGAAUAUGCUUUUGAAAGAUGUCUUUGUUAAAACUGAAAAUAUUUUUUGAAAGCUUAAGGAUUAAAAGAUUAAAAUAUAUUUCCUCCUUCUGAAAGGCGUUUUCUUGGAAGCAUUCUGCAGUAUCAGUUUGUGAAUUCAGAGGCACAAUGCGCUAUGAGGUUCACCUCGGUCUGGGACUUGAAAUGAUGGAUACAUUCAGAUCUUUUUUGCUGUGUUUUAUGCAGUGUAUUAUCUACACUCGGCAAAUGUUUUAUUUAAAAACAGAAGCUUUUAAAACUUUUGCUCUUAGAGAUAAAUCAUCUCUGCCGCUUUUUAUGUGUUCUCUUUUUUUGUAUGUAGAGGCAGAGGUUUUAUUUCCAUGUAUUAGUUGACUUUUAUUGCCCAGGUUUCGUACCACAUUUGGUUUCUGUAAGAUGGUUGUAUGUGAGUUAAAUAUUUUCUCCAGAAUUUUUCCCAUAUUCCUGUGAGAGAUCGAUUCUCCUUCUAAGGCAAAGAGAGAGUUUUCAACAGGGACCCACAAAGAUUUUUUAAAGCCUUAUUCAUGGAAGUUAAUAAAUGCUUUUAUAUUGUA